GCAGAACGUUCGUGAAUCCCUCGGCCGUUAGUCCCCACUUAUCAUGCCCAAUUUGUCAGGAGGUUUUUGUCAAUCCCCAGCGAGCCCCAUGCGGACACAGUUUUUGCAAAACAUGCAUCGACCCAUGGCUAACCAACAAUCCAAUCUGCCCGUUGGAUCGACGCCCAGUUACGAAGAGCAGCAUGCAUCAUGAUUUCCUGAUUGAAAAUGUUAUCGGUGAUUAUAUGGUUGCAUGUCCUUGGCGCGCACUCGGUUGUGAUUUUAUUGGACCGUUGCAUUUAUUGCCAUCUCACAAAAAAUCUUGUUUGAUGAAUCCUGGAUCGUUACCACCGGCGCUGCGUGCCCACACGACCGAACUUAUGACGCGUAGUCAGGUCACAAACACAAAAGCUGCUUGCCUGCAUGAGUUCAAAAAGUCCCCUUCCUUACCAGUUUUAUUGUCUUCUGUACAAACCACGGCAACGACCACACCGAACUCCGCGUCUGUAAAUACUGACAUCGAAAACGCUCUACGUGUCAAUGGAGCCAGUACUAGUUCAUCCUCGCCAUCUCCGUCCACUUCGCAACCCGCCGAACCCGCUGAAACUACAGAAACCAGCGUGAUUCAUGUCACAGAUGACGAAGAAGAGCAUUUGCCACCUGUUCGCCCUCCAAACCUUUUAUUUCGCCUUUACCACAAUUCUGACACAAAUUCACGAGAUCUUCUCUGUAGUUUCUUGGAUAAUGCCGCCAUCCCAGCUCCCUCUCCUCCCUCGAAACGACGCAAGCGACGCUAGUUUAGUGUAUUCGAAAUCUGUCAUCCUGGUGCAGCACCGCUGCUAAUGGAGCAUCAUCUCUGAUCCUUGUUUUUAAUGUGAGUAUCUUUGUGACGCAUGACUUAUUUGUGGUCACGAUGUUUACUCAGCUUAUAUUCCACUACAAACUGAUUCCUGCAUCCUUAAGCAGGGAUGUAUCCUUUUGAUCGUCUACAAUACGUGCAUUUAUCCUCUAUUCAAUGAAACUUUUUGUGAACGCUUGCUGGGCGGUCUUUCCUUGAAAAUACUUUGCUGUCAAAGAC